AACCAAUCAGCUAAGAGGAAUGCGGGGCAUCGCCGCGCUCGUCCGCUGCGCGGAGAACAGACCGCUCGCUCACUAGAAGGAAGUGCAUAUGAAGUGCCCCUGGCUUUAUUUUGAUGCACAAGAGCUCUAAUCUCUUCGGAUAAAAUAACGUAAUCCCCGACAUCAGCACAGAGGGGCCUCGCCCGGUUGUAUGCAUCUCCCCCCGAGCGGCAGAGGCUGUUUUGACCGGAGCAGCGUGGGUUAAGGUGGGCCUUGCCCGGAUAUCUGUCUGACAAGCGAGCCAAAACCGAUCCGGAACCCGCCUCGAGAUAACAACCAGCGCACUCAGUCCUCCAGAGAGCACACUUGGAGCCCGUUUGGACUGUCACACUCACACACACGCUAGCCUGAUGGCGGAUAACCUGAGCGAAGCCCUGAAGACGCUGAAGCUCUCGUCGGCAGACAGUGUCGAGGGCUGCUUGGACUGCCUGCUCAAAGCUUUGGCCCACAAUAAUGUUGAGACUAGUGAAAAGAUCCAGGAGAUGGGUGUUCUUGCCAUGAUGCCCGCUCUUCUGUCUGCACAGAACUCAUGCACACCAAAAGUAGCCAACAUCAUUGCAGAGGUGGCCAAAAAUGAAUUCAUGAGGAGCCCGUGUGUGGAAGCAGGACUCAUUCCUCCACUGGUUCAGCUGCUAAACUCAAAGGACCAGGAAAUACUGCUCCAGACGGGACGAGCCCUCGGCAACAUCUGCUACGACAGCCAUGAGGGCAGAAGUGCAGUUGACGCAGCAGGCGGUGCUCAGAUAGUUGCAGAGCACAUUAAGUCUCUGGCCGAAAGCACUGACCCGGCCACCGGGAAGCUCUUGACUGUCUUUUGUGGCAUGCUGAUGAACUAUAGCAAUGAUAAUGACUCGCUGCAGGCUCAGCUGAUCAUCAUGGGUGUGAUCCCAACACUGGUCAGACUGCUGGGAGUUCAUUCUCAAAACACCGCGCUCACAGAGAUGUGCCUCAUUGCCUUUGGCAACCUGGCAGAGCUUGAGUCCAGUAAGGAGCAGUUCGCCUCUACUAAUAUUGCCGAGGAGCUGGUUCGACUCUUCCGUAAGCAGGUGGAGCAUGAGAAGAGGGAGAUGAUCUUCGAGGUGUUGGCACCACUCGCUGAGAACGAUGUGAUCAAGCUUCAGCUGGUGGAUGCUGGUCUGGUGGAGUGUCUGCUGGAGGUCGUGGCUCAGACGGUGGACAGCGACAGGGACGAGGACGUGGCUCAGCUCAAGACGGCCUCAGACCUCAUGGUCCUUCUGCUGUUGGGAGUUUAGUUGAGUCUGUGGAGGAUGUUUGAGGGGGGUAAAGGCAGCGUGUUUCAGAGGGUCCUCUCAUGGGUGCCCUCCAACAACCACCAGCUCCAGCUAGCAGGAGCGCUCGCCAUCGCUAACUUUGCCCGCAAUGAUGGGAACUGCAUUCACAUGGUAGACACUGGUAUCGUACAGAAGCUUCUCGAGCUGUUAGACAGACAUGUUGAAGAGGGGAACGUGACGGUGCAGCACGCCGCCCUCAGUGCUCUGAGGAACCUCGCCAUCCCGGUGGUCAACAAAUCUAAGAUGCUCUUGGCUGGUGUGUCGGAUAUAGUGCUGAAGUUCCUCAAAUCUGAGAUGCCUCCAGUCCAGUUCAAGCUUCUGGGAACAUUACGGAUGCUCAUCGACACACAGGGUAUUUAUUAACAGCAAACGUUUCGGAAGACAAAACUGGUGGAGCGUUUGGUGGAGUGGUGUGAAGCGAAAGACCACGCCGGAGUGAUGGGAGAGUCCAACCGCCUGCUGUCCGCUCUCAUCCGACACAGCAAGUCAAAGGAUGUGGUCCAAACAGUUAUACAAGGUGGAGGUGUUAAGCACUUGGUAACCAUGGCGACGAGUGAACACAUGAUCAUGCAGAAUGAAGCGCUGGUGGCCUUGGGUCUCAUAGCGGCACUAAAUCUGGAUUGCGCAGAGAAGGACUUUGUCGCCGCUAAUCUGGUGCAGGUUCUACACAAGCUACUGAAAGAUGAGCACAGUGCACCGGAGAUCAAAUACAACUCCAUGAUUCUCAUCUGCUCCAUCAUGGGAUCAGAAUGUGUUCAUUUAGGAGUGCAGAGCUUGGCCUUCAUCGACGUGGUGUCCAGUCUGCGCUCACAUGAGAACAAGACGGUGGCGCACCAGGCCUCUCUCACAGAGCAAAGGUUAACGGCGCAGAGCUAAAGGACUCUUCCACAGCAUCUCCUCCCUGCCUGCUUCCCCUCACACACACAUAUCUCUCGUUGUCAUGUGCCAAGCUGUUGUCCCCUCCGCGUUCCCUGCUACAGACUCUCAGAGCCCUCUGUUUGCCCCGCGCAUGCAGAGACGCGUUACCCAAAGGCCGCCAUACUUUGUAGACAGCCUUCUGCAAUAGAUUCAUACCCGAACAGCAAAAUAUUUUUAAAAGACCAUAGCUGUGAUUAAAAAAAAAACAAAAAAACAUGAAAUUCACCUAUAAAAGUUGAAAAAAAAUAAAUAGAACAUGAAUGUUGGCAGUGGAAAUAGCGCAGUUGUGCUUUCAUGACAUGUAAAAUCACACAUACCUACCAACCGAUGUGCAUGUUUUUUUGUUUUGUUAUUUUUAAUCGUCCAGUUUGUUGGUGUAUCUGUGUUCAGCUAUUCAAGCCACGCCCAUAUGAUAUGCCCCGCCCCCUCUCCUUCUGCUUACUAAUUUACAUAGAAGAAUAGAGAUCAAAUGUGUUUGUACUGUAUAGGGCACCUCUGGACCAGCAUGGAUCUUUUCAUAUUUUGCCUCCUGGUCCUUGUGCCGCCCAUAAUCCAUAUCUACUGGAAAGAGCUAAUUCCAUAAUCAUUAGACUGUUGCGUUUACAAAAAUCAGUGAUUAUUGUCAUAUAGAGAAGUAAUAUAUCUUGAUACCAAGGACUGAAGUUGUUGUACAUGACGCCCUCGGAUACGCGAUUUUUAUCAUUUCAGGACCUCAUCAAAAGAAGUGAUGUCAUUAUAGUGUAGUUUUAAUAACUUGAAAGGAUAGUUCUCCCAAAAAUAAAUUCUGUCAUUAUUUAUUCACCUUCAUGUUGUUCCAAACCUUGUAUGCGUUUUUUCCUGUAAGACUUACAAAAGGAGAUAUUUUGAAGAAUGCUGGUUGCCAAACUGUUUCAGGUCCCAUUGACUUUUGUCCAUACUGUAGAAGUCAUUGGGGCCGAAACGGUUUGGAUACAAGCAUUUGUGUUCCAGAGAAG